AUGGAGCCCAAAACACAGCUAAUGAAGGACAUUUCGCCAUGCCGUGUGAUAGAUAAACCCCUAUUGAUCUAUUUGUGGCCCACUGUUAUCAAUCUCGACAUCAGAGUUAUCGCCUCUCCCUGCGAAUCGUUCGGACUUUCCAUAGAAUGCAUUGCGUCUGAUCGGGGAGAAGCUGUGAAGAACUUAUGCAUGUGGAUCAACACUUCUGAUUGUUGCCCUAAACUGAGUGUGUUUCUACUUUUAGCCAAUGACCUUGAGUUGAAUGAGGACGCGUGGCAGACGGACAAUGAGGACUCGGAGAUCCGGUUUACAACAUGGUAUGCGAAAGAAAACCCGCUACCUUUUUCUGAUAUUUGUAACGAACAAAACUAA